CCGUUAUCGGAAUAAAUAUUGUUUUGGUUAUGAUUAUAGCACCACUUUCGUUUGAGCUGUGCUUCCGAUGUGAGCUUGUUAGGAUCUUUCCGCAGUGUAGCCUAUAGUGUGCCAUUUUCCCGCGUCUUAGGUGCUUUGUUGGUGAUCAGGAUACACAGUGCAGCAUGUGGUGGUGGGAUUUAUUGCUAACGUAUGUUUGCGCGAGUGUCAUCAUGGCGGUUUUCUACUUUCGAUGGACCCGAAGGAAGAUGAAUGCCAAGCUGGCUACCAUGUCCGGUCCGCGGCGUCUGCCAGUGUUGGGGCAUGCCCACAAGUUCUACCGAGCGACACCAAAGGCAAUCGCUGGAACGCUCAAAUAUUUCAGUGAGUUCCCUUCACCCGUCUGUAUACACAUGGGACCCCUACCGCACAUCGCCAUCUUCGAUCCCGAACAACUCCAAGUGGUUCUGCAUUCGCAAAACUGCCUCGACAAAUCCGUCCAAUACUCCUUUCUUCGGGUUUCGGAAACUUUAAUCAGUGCACCAGGUCACAUAUGGAAAGGCCAACGGAAGGCUUUGAAUCCUUCGUUUGGACCCGCCAUUCUGGCCACUUUUGCCGACAUCUUCAACGAGAAGUGUGCCAUCCUGACUGAACGGCUAGAACAGUAUGUGGGUCUACCGGAACGGAACUUUUACCGAGAUAUUUCAAAGUGCACCUUGGAUCAAAUUUAUGCGAGCGCUUUCGGAUGUGAUUUCAAUAUGCAGAAAACGCAAGACGGAGAACGCUCUCUGGAUCUGCAGGAAGCAUACAUGAAGGUCAUGGCAAGCAGAUUUUUCUCGGUUUGGAAAUAUCCGAAUUUUAUCUAUCAAUGGACCCCUGGCUACAAGAAAGAACUUGAGUUACGUCGAAUUUAUCACGAAACGAUAACAUGCAAGCUAGUUGAGAAGGCGGGUGUCCAGGAGAAGCUACUAUCAAAAGAAGAUAUGGAUUUUAAAAAGGAAGAAACUGGGAAAAGAAUUGCCGAAAAUUUCAUCGAGUGCCUUGUGAAGUACUUGCGCGCGGAAGGUGAAACUUCGAAAGAUGCCGUUCAUCCUCAUAUUGAUAUGACUGUCUUUGCCGGAAAUGACACAUCGGCUAAAACCAUUUGUUCCAUUUUGCUAAUGUUGGCGAUGCAUCCCGAAGCGCAAGAGCGCUGCUAUAAAGAACUCAUGGAAGUUUGUCCUGAAAAGGAUCAGCCUAUUUCCUAUAAUGAUGCUGCCAAUCUCACGUACCUUGAGAUGGUGUGCAAAGAAACCAUGAGAUUGCUACCAGCCGUUCCUUUCAUGGCAAGAGUAACAUCCGGCGAUAUCAAACUAAACGACCAACAUACAAUUCCGGCCAACGUUACAAUCAUCAUGGGCAUUUUCCAAAUUCAUCGAGAUCAACGAAUAUGGGGACCCAAUGCGGACAAAUUCAAUCCGGAUAACUUCCUCCCUGACAACGUGGCCAAGCGGCAUCCCUACUCCUACAUUCCAUUUAGUGCCGGUCCACGGAACUGCAUCGGAACGCGAUACGCCUACCUGUCGUCGAAAAUAAUGGUCGGUAGCAUAUUGAGAAAAUACCGCCUCAAGACUUCGGUCACGAUGGAUACACUCAGGAUUGCGUGCGGCUUACUGCUGCACGUUUCCAAUGGAUGCCUAAUGUCAAUCGAGAAGCGACGUGGAAAAGCGAAGGUGAUCGGAGCCGCAUAUUUCUUCCGCUUACUGAUACCAACGGUCAUAAUCGUGCGCACAAUGUGGUGGAAUUCGUGGUUCACGUGCCUUUGCGCAAGUGUCUACUUGGUGAUAAUGUACUUGAAGUGGUCCCGUCGGAAAACCAAUGCCAAAUUUGCCAAAAUGUCAGGUCCCUCGAAGCUGCCUCUGAUAGGACAUGCCCAUAAAUUUUUCAGGGCCUCGCCAGGACAAAUUGCUAACACCCUCAAAUACUUCGGUAGCUUUCCUUCGCCGGUUUGCAUCUACAUGGGACCCUUGCCACAUGUUGCCAUCUUCGAUCCCGAACAGCUUCAGGUUAUUCUGAAUUCCCAGAACUGCCUAGACAAAUCCAUUCAGUACUCAUUCCUUCGGGUUUCGCGAACGAUGAUAAGUGCACCCACACACCUGUGGAAAGGUCAACGAAAAGCCCUGAAUCCCUCAUUUGGACCCGCUAUUCUCAGUAGUUUCGUCCCAAUUUUCAACGAGAAAUGCAAAAUCUUGACAGGACUACUGGAAAAACACGUGGGACAGCCCGAACGUAACUAUACCAGAGACCUUUGCAAAUUCACUCUAGAUCAAAUCUACGCUACCGCCUUGGGAUGUGACUUCGACAUGCAACGAUCACCAGAUGGAGAGCGGUCUUUAGAUUUGAUAGAGUCGUAUAUAAAGGUAAUGGUAGCCAGAAUUUUCACGGUGUGGAAAUAUCCGGAAUUCAUCUACCGGCUGACUAGCGGUUACAAAAGAGAACAGGAAAUUCUCAACACCUAUCAUGACACAAUAAUCAUGAAGCUGGUACGAGCGAUCGACUUUGAAGAAAAAUUGAAGCAACCGACUGACGGGGAGCUCCCCAGCGAAGACAUCGGAAUGAAAAAGCCCAACAAUUUCAUCGACGGUCUGCUGAAACUUAUGCGCGAAGGAGACGAAAUCACCAAAGAGGACAUCUUUCAGCAAGUGGAUAUGAUACUGUUCGCUGGCAAUGAUACCACAGCCAAAACGACUAGUUUUAUUCUUCUGAUGUUGGCUAUGCACCCUGAAGUGCAAGAACGUUGCUACCAGGAGAUUAUGGAGGUUUGUCCGGGGGACGAUCAAAUCGUUUCCACGGACGAUGCCGCUAAUUUAGUGUAUCUGGAAAUGGCAUGCAAAGAGACAAUGCGACUAUUUCCCGUUGGUUCCGUACUGGCCAGGGUUACGACGGCGGACAUAAAGCUUAGCGAUGAACAUAUCAUCCCCUCCGACUGCACCGUAAUCAUGGGCAUCUAUCAAAUUCAUCGAGACCCGAAUAUCUGGGGACCCAAAGCGGACGAGUUCGAUCCGGAUAAUUUUCUGCCGGAGAAAAUGGAGAAGCGACAUCCGUAUUCUUUCUUGCCCUUCAGCGGAGGUCCGCGCAAUUGCGUUGGCAUGCGAUAUGCAUGGCUUUCACUGAAAAUUCUAACAGUUCACAUGUUGAAAAAAUACCGACUGAAAACUUCGCUUUCAAUGGAUCAGAUUAGGAUCAAAUACGGGAUAAUAUUGAACAUAGCGAAUGGGUGUCUGCUUACCCUUGAGAAGAGGUAG